GCUAUCCAUGCCAGCCGCGGCAGGAAGUUGACGUUCAGUCUCAUCUCGUCGGUGGUUCCGUUCGGACGGUUUUGCAUCGAUUGCACACGCGAUACGCGCAUCGAGGAUUCGAGCAUCCGAGGAGGGCAUAAAGUGGACAAACUUUGUUAAACGGAUUGCUCCAAGCUUGCUUGGCUGGGUGAUAAAUAAUAACAAGUUUUACUUGCGGAAACUGUUGGCGUGUUUGCCAAUUCUACAGCCGUCUUGCUAACAGGUGCCAGUGAAUGGAAUUAAUUUCCCAAGGCGGCACUGCUUUUGGUUCCGGUUGGUUCAAAAAUUAGAUUUUACGUACGAUAGUAAUUGAAUUAGUGCUAAUGAGUGUUUAGCAAACUAAGGCGACAAAGGUCUGAGAAAUAAACGUCGAUUUCUUAACUAGGCUAGAGAAGCAGCCUAGAAAGCGUUGUCCGUGCGUGACUUCGAACACGAACGACGCAACGUAAAAUAGCAAGUGAGUGGUGUCGAGUCUGUGAAUUAGCAUUAAUUAAAUUAAUAGUGAACGAAUCGGAAUCGCACGGGUGCCCAAGGUAAAAGCGAAGUUUCAAUGACACCCUGUUUGGCGGGCAGUGUGAAAUAUAUUGUGGAGUUACCUACAGAGUGACUGAAUUCUUUCUCCAAGUGCGACAGGAGGUGGCAGUGGAAUGCAGGUCUGUUUGUAAAUAAAAUUACAUUUUUAAAAUAAAGCUAAAUCACGCUGCUGGUAAGGAUAAAGAGAUUUUGCGUAGAAAAAAAUCUUCAGCACUGAGGCAAAAACAACCCGCAGGGAAACAAUUUAUACUGCAUGCUAUCCCGAAGCUCUUUGUGUGCUUUGAAAGUUGGCAGGAUCAGGCUAUCCAACCGAAAUCCAAUCAUCACGAACCGUCGAAAUUGCUAGGUGAAAUUUUCCGGCAACGGGUUUGACCUCUAAUUGAGCAUAAGUCAGCGGGACACCAAAGCUAAAAGCAAACGAAACAGCACAGAGUCGAAUACUAAUCAUUCCGUUCUGGGUCCGCCCCAGCUUUGGUUCGUGUCAUCAUCAUCACAAAAAAAAAGACGUUCAAAACAACAAAGCCAUUCAAAUCCAGCCAAAAUCGAACUGCGCUAGCCGAACCGGGAAGAAACUGAUCCGGCAGAUCGUUAAUCAAUGUACCACUGCUGUGGUGAAAAUUCACGCAGAAUGUCCGUCAUCGCUGGGUUCCGUGGCAGCCAGGACGGUUGAGGUGAAAAGUUUGAACGUUGUUUUUUUUUUGUUUUACCGGCAAACUGGAUGAAAGAAGUGUACAGUGCGGGGCGCUUUUGGCUAGCCUUUCAUUUUGUGGAAAUCCGUGAGCCGGGUGAGUGGUAGAGUAAAAAGAGAGUGGGCAUUAGUGUUUCUGUUGGCGGCAUUGUCAGUCAAGAAGUCUCUCUUCGCUGCGGGCGGUUUUUUAUUGUUGAAGCGGAAAAAGUGAGCAAGGGGUAGUAUCCACGAGGGUCAGAUAAAACCAGAAUCAAGUAAGAAGUGCUUUUUUGUCGAAAUAAUGAAAAAGUAAGCUCAAAGGCUUAGUGGUUUAUUUUUUUAACGAAUGUAGUGACUAUACUUCCGUGACUAAUAUUAAUACCUUAACGGUGGCUCGACUGGAGCAGAUUAUUACAAAGAUCGGAUGCCUCACAGUGAUUAACGAUGCUGUCAUUAAAUCAUUCAUAAACAGUGAAACAAAUUAACCCGCCAACCGCCCAGAACCCACCCCACGGAUCGGGCGAACAACACAAGCAUUCCCGCCGUGUCCAGUGCAUCGUCCAACAGCCAUAACAAAUAAGUUACCAGUGUGGAAUGUUUAUCGAAAAUCUCCCAAAGGUACUGAUUAAAAAUAUCGACAACGCCGUCGAGUGAAAUCAAGUUCAAUGGAGCAACACCAUCGAGGGGUCAUUUCGAUUGCAGAGACAACCAGAGCUGUCACCACUUCCGCCGUUGUCGGUCAGCGAUGAAACGUGCGGAGCGAAAUUGAUAGUCCGCAUGCAGGUAGCACUUGUCGGUAGGUUGGAUUAUGUUGAGCCUGGAUCGACCGCCGGCCGCAUCCGGAAAGCUGUCGAUGACAAGCGGUUUGUUCUGGUAUCAACAGCCGGCCCUGCUUUCGCUGGUGGUAAUUCUCGUUGCUCUCGGCAGGGUGGUCCGAGGGUUUAGUGAUGUAAGUACGAUGGACGAUCAGCCACUGCUGGCCGCUUCGUCGCGUCCGUGCGGAGGAACUCUGACCGCCAGUCAUGGUACGAUCCAGACGCCUAACUUUCCGGAACGAUUCCCGGUUCCGAUCAGCUGUGCUUGGAUCAUAGACGCUUCGGCAGUGGUGGGACCGAAUGUCUCGAUUGUUGUAUAUCUUACGCAGCAGUACGUUCUCAGUGGGUUGCGGUUUACCGAGUACAUGUACUACAGUGAGGACUACAAAGUUCCAAGCAGGAAUGUGUUCGUACUAAGUGAAGAUGACGUGACGAAUGUACCGUGGAUCAAGUUCAACAGUCCCUAUUUGGAGAUUAGGUUUACUAUGGAUAAUCUGUACGGGACGCAUCUGAGGGCUCUGGAUCGGUUGCUGGAUGUGUAUGGUUUUAAUAUCACCUAUGAGGUGGAUACUGUGAAGCCGUAUCAAUGCAAUGCCCUCCAGUGUCGGUUCGUGGGCAAUUGCUAUGCCAAACAUGAUUACUCCUCCUAUUACUGCGACUGCUAUCCAGGCUUCAGUGGAAUCGACUGCGGCUACGGACCACUCUGCAAGGACUCGCACAUCUGUGAAAAUGGAGGCACGUGCAAACACAUCGGUGACACCGCAGUCACCUGUAUCUGCCCUCCAGGCUUCAAGGGUAACAAGUGCGAGAUCAGCGAGUACGACGAAAUAACAGGUUGCAACCCGGAUAGCGGCGAAGACUGCUUCCGCCAAUGUAUUUACACUGAGGAUGGCAGCAAGGACGCUUGCAAAUGUGAUCAAAGCAUCUCGUCUUCCGCUCGUGGUCGGGCGAAAUAUGGAGUCACGGUACGAUUAGCCAAUUCGUCCUAUUUUGAGACAAACGAAAAUGGCGAACGGCAGCUGAGUGAGAACACGGUCACCUUGCUAGAAAAGCAUAUUAAUCGCUUCUUUCGAACCUCAAAUCUAUCUAAGAUAAACGAUCUAGAAGUGCUGGCAGGCAAGACCAACAAUGAGGUAACGUUUCAAUUUUUCGGUGCCAAAAUUGAUGCCGCACGGAUACGAGACACCAUGGAACGUAUGGUAGAGCAGCGCAUCCGAGCUGGCAGCAGCAGCAGCAACAGCGGUCCCGGCAUUGCUUUCGCCUCGUACAAACCCACCUUUCGCCAGGAUGCCGGCCUAAUGCUGCAGUCCGUGGUCGUCAAUCAGCGGAGCCCCGUGCGUGAGAACACCGAAUUUAUCCUGUCCUGUGUGGCGCAGGGCUCAUCGACGAUGACUUUCCGCUGGUACAAGAACGGUUUCUUCGUGAACGUGACGAAGGCAACACGAAAUAUGUGGACCCGGCUGCUGCCUCUCGACUCCAAGGAUCACUACACGGCACUUUUGGGCAUCACAAAAGCGAGCCGUCUUGACGAAGGCUUUUACACCUGCCAGGUUAACGACAUGGGAAUGCAGCAGUGUCGGUCGACGAAAGUGCAAAUACUCGGGGCUCCCCAGCUGCGCAUCGAUCCCCCUAGUGUCACACUUUUCCGAGGUGAUUCGCUGCUGGUACGAUGUCUGUCGCAGGACUCUGACCAGCAGUAUGGUACGCUUGGCUACAGCUGGACCAAGAACGGAGCCCUCUUCCAAGCGGUUCCGAAAACUGAGAUGUGGGAAGAUCUUUACCCGGAUGGCAGCAUCCUUAAAGUGAAAAAUCUUCAGAAAUCUGUUGUCUACACCUGCAUCGUAUCAAACUCAGUGGCUCCGAUUUCCAAAAGCGUGCACGUAACUGUCGUUGAGCCAGGAUCAGUUACACUCUGCCCGAAAAGUACGGAUUAUGGCGUAAACUGGCCAGCAAGUGCAUCCGGCCCUCCAGUACUGGCGGACUGCCCGAAGCGCAGCGACGGCCAAGCAAGACGGAUCUGUGAGCAGCGUGAUAUUGGUCGCCCGGAGUGGCUGAUGCCGGACUUUUCCGAGUGCAUUCCGGAUGCAGUUAUUGACAUUGAAAACGAGUUUCGUGGGCUUACCUUUGGCUACCAGAAAACAAACGGCACCAACGUAGUGCAGACAUGUUUGGAAUAUGCAAUGAAACAUUACGCCGAUUUCCUGCCGGGCGAGGGCGGAGUAUUACUGAGAUUACUACAUGAGAUUUUCCGCUACAUCGAAAACACCGGAACGCAACACGAACAGGAAGUGGCUUCGGAUAUCAUCCUCCGGGUGAUGGAUGUCAUUAUGCAGAACAAAUUGUCACUCAACAAUCAACAGCAAAUCAAGCAGCUGCAGGAUCUGGUCCAGGCGGCUGCUUUGAACCGUGAAACCACAAUGGCCGCUCCGAUAUCGUCCUCGUCGUCACUGUCAUCGUCCUCGUCCGCUUUGAAGGCUUCACUGGCGGCGACCACAACCGUGACGCACCAGCUCAACUCGUUCUAUUUAUACACGGAAUCGGUCAAAGGAUUACCAUUCAAUUUGCAGAUAUACGGGGAUCAACUGUACGCGGAUCAGCUUCAUAUGGAAAUGGAUGUAACCAGUUCGCUGCUAGAUAUCGUAUCCAAUGGGACCGUUUUGGUCACGGUCAUCUCGUACAAAAACCUGACCGCCUUUUUACCCCGCUUCUACUUCGCCAAAAACAGCUUCGGCACAGAUAUCGAUUACAUCCCGGCAUCGAAAGUCAUCUCCACCUGGCUGUACUCCGCCAACCGUACCGGAUAUGAGCAGAACCGGCCGUUGCACGUGCCCCUUGAGUCAGCUCACGUGGAAAUCAUUUUCCAGCACGAAAGCUCACCGACCAGUGAAUGGAUUCCCUUAUGCGGGUACGACGCUAAGGCGACGUUUGAACCGACAUGGCGUACGGAUCUCUGCAUCACGGAAAAUCUGAUGGAAAACAUCACACGCUGCAUUUGUCCGCUGUCAGGCACAUUUGUGGUUCUGCUAGCAAAGAAAAACUACAACGCCUCCGUUGUUAAAACGUCAGCCCGGCCGAUCCUGGUGGUGGUAAGCUGCGGAUGCUGCUUCCUACAGUCGUGUAUUGCGUUCGCCAUCAUGCUGCCGAUCCUGUACCAGCGGAGAUGCUGUGUAACUUUUUUAAAAAUGCAGUUCUGCUCCGCUACAUCGUUGGCGAUGGCAAUUUUCAUCCUGGGACUGCUUCAACUUUUCCCGCAAGAUUGGUACACCGUAGUUACCGCCCUACUGACUGCAUUCUUGCUGCUCAGUUCCUCGACGCUGAUCGCCAUCACCGUUCUGGUAACAACAGAACUUGGACCACGAAAGCUUACAGUGGCAACCAGUUCGCUGGCGAACGGAAUCUCCAGCAGUAUAGGUAUCAGCUGGUUUCUGCCAAUUCUGUGUGCCACUUCUACACCCCUCGUGUACAGAGUGAUGUUUGAGACCCCCGCCCACUGGUGGCACACGACGGAUUCUUUCGGUUUCAUCCUCUUCAUCGUCAUCGAAUCGCUUUUCGUAAUAUUAUUUUUACUGCUGUUCCUGACGCUGAUGAAAAAACUUUUGUAUCUAGCCCGAAAGCACGACAAGCACAACACUUCGAUACUCAGACGGAUAGGAUUGCUGUACCGGACCGCUAUGCUGUUCGUGUCCAAUGUGCUGUGCCACUCGUUCUACCUGGUUUACCUGAACACCGAGAGCCUGCUCAGUGGGUACGCCUUCAGUGCUAGCAGUAUUAUUAUGGGAUUCUGCAUCCUGUUUAGUUUCGUAAUCAAGGCUGAAGUGAAGCACGAUUCGGCGUCCACCAGUAGUAAAUCUAGUUCCAAAAAUAGCUUAGACGAUAAUUGUUGUUCGGGAUCAAUAAAUAGUCCGUUAAGUUUUUAUACUACCCAAGAUUUAGAUAAGGAAAAUGAAUGUAUACCCUCUAGUGGAAAAUCAACGAAAAUCGCGCUGACAAUACUGUCCUCCCCCUCCCAGCAGCAGCAGCAGCAACAACAGCAGCAGCAGCCGCUCCAAACUCUUCUGCCAUCCCAUAUCACUACUAUUGAACCAUGCCUGCAAGGCGAUGGCCAUAGCAUAGAGACUUAUUUGGGUGGUAAUAUUUCGGUCGGGACAACCAGCGUUUGCAACAUCAUACCACACGAGUAUGAAGCCGCUAAAACUCGUUGCUGCGAUACAGUAAUGGGACAGAGGUUUCGCCAGCCGACAGGUGCAACACCUCCGGGCGGUGGAAACCCGCUGGAGAACUCUAGUAUUACAUUACCGACAGCAGUGCCUCCCCCGUCUGGCAGCGUGAUAGGUCAGUUCGACUGGCAUCAGCAUAGCCAGCAGCAACCGAUCGAACAACCCCAGCCCCAGUCCAUGGCGGGUCUCGUGGGCUGUGAGCUUCAGAAUACUGCUGCUGGCGGUGUCACGAAGUGCUACAUCACUCAGCAGCAGCAGCAUCCACAGCAACAACAGCAUCCGCUGCUGGAAACUAGUGACUUUGUCGGUGUCGGCGGGUUAGACAUCCUAAAAGGAGUCGGGCAAGACAGCAUCAUCCGGGGCAAAGCGUUGGACACACAUGGCCAGUCUGCGAGCAAAAUAUCAUCCCCUCCGAUGUCGCUCUUCCUGCGGCAACAGCAACAUCAUCAGCAGAACCCACUGGUAGUGCUGGGUGCUGCUGGCCCUACACUUAUUCCCGCUGGUGCCGCUUUUCCGGUGACAACGGUGGCCCCAUCGGCAUCGCAGGCCUCCGUCGUGGUAGAGCACCAUCAGCUUCAUCCAAAACCGCAACCAGCGACGGUGGAACCAGUCACUGCACCAAUCAUAACGGUGACUGGAACCGAAAACCCGGAUCGCAUCGACGGUAUGUUGGAUCGUAUCUCGCACGAUCUGGACUAUUUACUCAAUCGUACCUCUGAGGUGCCUACCAUAGUACCUAUUCAGCUGCGGCAAUGCAGCACCAAUAGCAGUAGCAGUAGUAGUAGUAGUAGCAGUAGCAGUAAUAGUACCAGUAAUAUUGUAAAUAAUAGCGGUAGCGGCAGCACUGGUGGAACCGGUAACAGCGGUUCAAUCGGUAGCUUUACAGGACCAGCGAGUGAUAGUAGCAGCAACAGCGCAAAAGUAGUGGCACCCUAUCAAAAACCGCCACUGAUUGCUUCUUGCCACAGUGUUCACGAAGUAAUUAUUGAAGAAUCGGAGGAGGUAGAUAGCUAAAUGUGCCACCCGGCCUCAUCGCACCGGGGAACGGAUGCCCUCGUUCAAAAAAAAGUCCGUUUUUACAUGCUCAAUAUUAUCGUUCGAUAUGGCUUUGGUUUGGAAUGAAUUGCAAAUGAACAUAUGACUCGUUUUGCUUCCUGUGUAGAUUCUUACAGUUGAUAACUGGCAACAGCGCGAGAAAAAAAUUCUGGUCGUCGCAUUUUUCUUGAGAAGGCUACUGCGAUACGAUUUCAGUAACAACGAUUUCAAUUGGUCGGCCUGCGACCAGACCGAACCAACCGCCAUUUUUGAAAAAAUUGGGAUUUUAACACCAGUGGAUGUUAAAAUUGAUAAUCAAUCUUUCAUGAAAAAAAGAAAUCGUUAGAACAGUUUAUAAUGGUAUUACAACAAAAUUUCCCUGCAGCAGCUUGUAGGAAACAUACGGAGUAGUAAAACUUUGAUCACCGAUUACUCGAAAUAAUGUUUUUGGCGCUUGGUUCGGUCUGGUCGCACGCCGACCAAUUGUAUAAUUUGGAGCAUUAUCGUGUUUCAAACGUGCUCAUCUGAAUGGUUUCUGUUAAACAUACGGGUUGACUUUCGUCCACAACUAAAUUUUAUUUCGUUUUGAAGCCAUGAAGUCAGAUAACCGCAAAAUAUAAGUGUUAUUUAGGUUUUAUAUAUUUUAAAGCAAAGAAUUAAUAGGAAAGUUUUAAAAAUACUCUGACAAAUAAACAUUUGAUAACGGAUUCCUUUUCAACGAUUUUUUUGUCAAGAAUCGCUUCUCUAAAAAACUUUAAUUUCAAUUUUCGUCGAUUUCUUUUUCAACACUAUUGUGUUCACCAUACAUACCCAAAACCUACUGCCUGAAUAAACGACCUAGCAAUCAACGCACACGGCAAGAUACUUUUUUCUAAUUUUUUCACAAUUAUUGACUAUGCUGAAUAUGAAUAUGUUUAGCAAAAAUGUUUAACAAUACAACAGUGUCAUUCUCUCCACUCUCUUUCAGUGCCUAUAAGAAUAAGUUCCAGAUUUACACCUUGUUCAAUGAAUUCUGAUACAGUUACAAAAUUCCUAAUGAUAUGCAAAUGAAGGGUUCGAGGCAAAUGGCCAAACGAGUGAUCGAAGCAUUGCUAGAAGAAAAGAAAAAGGUGUUCCACAUCAAAUUGCAUUACAGAAAAAAACUCCGUAGAAAAAUACCCAUUGGGUAUUUUCUCUUGCAAAUUUGGAGUAGAAGUAGUUUAGUGUGUAUUGUGUACAAAGUAUUUUUAUCGCUGUCAGUUUUUCGAAAAUUUACCACACAUGAAAUUUCUAAGCAUUUUCUAUUCAAAGUACUUUUUAUAGCGAACAUCUACAGAAGAUGUUUUGGAAAAACCUCUCUCUUAGUUAACUUUACCAACUUUAAGCUUAUUUCGCUGUCGCAGGCGGCGUUUUAUCUCGAAUCUUCUGGAUAACCGCUUUGAACUAUUUCAAGUAGAAAAUUUUAUAGUCAGCAGGCUUCGACAUCAUGUAGGACUAGACAAAAAAGUCUACUAGAUUCACAUUUUGGUCCGGCAAAUCUGUCCAUUUGUGCUUAUACCAGCUCUGAACCAAGUGAUUAACUCCAGAGUUUUUCGAUGAUUCGGGCCUAAAAUUUUCUCCUAAACCUCCGUUUUAUAAUGAAGAGCAUGAGGCCUUUGUCGACAAACACCAGCGGAAACUUAUUUCGGUUACAAACAACGUUCAAGCCAUCACUAAAUCUGCACUCUGGAAUCGAGGAACACUCCUUUUGAACUCCGAAAUAUUGUCUCUUUCUGCUUCCUACAAUCAAUUAUUUUGUGCAUUGUGUGACUGCUUCAGGAUAAAUAGUUUCUUAUCAGAACAAAUUAAUAUGUAACUAGCGCACCGUGAAAGUAUAUUUUCACUCCAUCGAGCCUUUUUUUGAGGACUCAGAAACGCCAUGAUAUUCUCGCUUCUUAUAAGCCUAUCAUCUAACGGGGCCAGAUUAUUUUGGACAGAUCCAAUAGAUAUAUUCAGAUAGUUAGGAACCGAAUACCUCACAAUUUUGCCAACUUGCGGCGUCCAUGCAGAGCGUGAUCGGUCAGAUCUUCUAGGGUCUUGAAAAGAGAAUUUCGAUGGUUUUAUGAACGAAGUCUCGCUCAACCUCACACGAUUUCAGACGUUUGAAAAUUAUGCUAAGGCAGUCACCGGCCAAAAAUUACUUUACUACGACUUCCCGAAAUUGCUUCAUCGCUCAUCAAAAACAAAACACAACUGACAGGCGAUCAAUGCCAUGCGGAUUUGAGAGUGCAUGCAUAGAGUAAGGACAAUCAUAUCAAAUAGAAGAACUGCUCCAUUAUUUAUCUCAUCAAGCCGAUAUUCCCGAAGAAUGCACGGAUUAAACACCUAAUUUCCACGAAAUCAUUGAACAAAUAAACAAAAUACGCUUACGUGCUCUUAUGGAAUCGUUCAGCAUUUUAUAUUUAGUAAACUUAGCUAGAUUUAUCCUGAAUUUUGUAAAACAAACCAUUUUUCACAACGCUUCCAUAUCCAUCUCAAAACUUGAAUCACUGCUCAAUUAUUCAUUACACGACGCCCCUAUAUUCAUCACACUGUUGAAUGAAUCACAUUAUCAUUAAUGAACGUAGCCGCAGCCUGUCAUAGUAGGUUACCUAGAUAUCCGCUGUAGUUGUUUACGUGCAAAACUGGUAGCCUUGGUAACCACUGCAGUGCUCUCGAUUUAUGUCAAUUAUGUCGGAAUAAUUCAACAUUUUCAGUAUGAUUUUUUCAUAUAACCAGAAACUGAUUUGGCAACUUUUAAUUUUCUUCAACGCAGUGAAAACAGAUGAAAAUACAUACAGUUGAAAUUUAGGAAUUGCAGAAAUUCAUCUCAUAUAUUUCUGCUGAUUCAAGCUUAUUGUUGGAAAUUUGAGGUGAACAUUUCAAAGAUUAUAGUAUUCUUAGUGUAGUGAGUGAUUUUGUUUGGUGAUUAAAAUAAAAAAUGGUCCGCUUGUGAUGAAAAAAACUUUGGUUGGCUGCUGAACGAGUCCCGUUUUACCCGUAUAGAACAAUGCGCGGAUUUUGUUUUCUUAGGUAGGUGAUUGAAUUAAAUGAGUUUUCGAGUGCAGAUGCCCGACUAUAAUAUCAAAUUUAGAGCUUUCAAGUGAGUUUUUGAGGAUUCUACUUAAUGAGAAAUCUAAAGUGAACUAAGAAAAAUACAUUCCAUGGAUUAGCAGAUUGGUUUAGUUGUAAAAUAAGCGAUUUUUCCUGUUUUCAAUUGUGUUUUCAUGCUGUAUGAGAUGAAUAUAUAGGCUGAGAUGAAUAAUGGAGCAGUUCCCCUACGAAAGGAACCAGAAAGACAAACACUCUAAAAUUUGUAUUCGAACACGGUGUAGAGGGAAGGAAAGCUAUGCUCAUAAAAACUCUCGCCAAAUUUUGCGUCAACCUCAAGAUACAACAUUUCCACAAAAAACAGUUUGAAAUUUCUCCAUUUUCAUGAAAUAAUUAUGCUGAUUUGAAAAUGUCUGUAAGCCAAAGAACAACCAAGAAUUGAUUCUCAGGAUUUUCUGGGUCUUAGGGAAUCCAAACAACAAAAUCAUAGUGGUAUUGUCUUUUUUUUUCUUUUUCAAUUAUUUCUCAAGAACUUUUUUUUUCUGGUAAACGUUAUGGGUUUUUCUCUUUAUGUUUGUUAUUACAAUAUUCCUAUUGUUCUAUUUUAAGAUAAUACUAGUUUGAAAAAAAAUAUUAUUUCAAGAUUUUCGUGGUAAUGGAAUGAACAAGUAUGAAAAGGAAAGAAAUAUUUUUAAGAAUAUUCCAAUCGAAAAACCAUUAUUAUGAAUCAACUAUAGCAGCGGUUCUCAACCUGGGGUACGCGUACCCCUAGGGGUACGCAAUAAACUUCAGGGGGUACGCGAAAGAAAAAUCAGUAAUGGCGGACAAAGCCAUUUUCCUUUAUAAUACUUCACUUGUUGUUCAAAUUUCCUCUUAAAACAUUACUGUAGCAAUCAAAAAAACUAUAGUUCAAUCUGGAACCUGAACUAGACCACCACAACAUGAUCUACUACUAGGUAGUCUGUCCCAUUCUGCGAGAACAUUUCAAGCCAGGGGGUACAAACGCGGACAACCAAAGGUUGAGAACCGCUGAACUAUAGUGACCAAACUCGCAAAACCGUAGACAUCCAUUGGAUUGUUCUAUGGCUUGAACAGUUAUCAGACAUUUUCAAAUAAAUGACAUUGUUUGGUGAAAAUUGAAAAAACGAUCUCGUAAAAAUGCUGUAUCCCGAGAUUGACUUAUAUUAUUUAAGAGUGAUGAGUGUUUUACGUGAAAUUUUCCGAGGAACACGAUGAAACUAUCAAAUUUUAAGAAAAAUAACCUAUCUGGCAACAUUUCUGACCACAACUAUUUUUUUCUGAUUCAUUUUACUGAUAUUCUUUAUAAAUCAUCUAGUAAUUUAUUUUCAGUCGUCUGUAAUCUAUAAAUUGCAAGAAAAAGAAGUAGUUUCCAUAAAAAAUGCGUUAUUUCGCAACAAAACUGGAUUAUACGAAGGAAUCCCCAGUCUUUCCUUCCAAUUUAUUUCUUGAAAGAAAUAUCUACAGCUUUUGAAAUAUGUCUAAUUUGACAGCAGCUCUUCUCUCAUAGACUCUUUCUUUAUAAUGAGUGUCACUGUGAAAGUGCCACACUUUAUUUAUGCCAUUAAAUUAAAACAGUCAACAGUAGAUUUUCGUUGCACCUUUUCCGAACGAACAAUGCCUUAUGCUAAAGCUUGUUGAAAGCAGAAGCUUUCUUCUUUAAAUAAUUUCUUGGCACAAGGCAGCAAUUUGUCUUAAACGACAUGUUGUAGAUAGUACUCUUUAUUAAUUUUCACACUCCUGUCGAUGAAUAGCCGUGACAACUUUCCUCUGUUGGAUUGGACAUUGCUUCCCCUCUUUUAUCAGCUAGAAUAUUACGAAGACAUGCUCCACGAUCAUUCUACUCAUUCAAAACAGCCUCUAACGUAAACAGUUUUUCAUCUCAAAUAUGCUGUGAGUAACGUGCAUCUUCAGUAGAAAUCUGGCAACCCUGUCGACAAUAUUUCUGCAAGAUAAUCCGUGAAUAUUUUGUUUCUUGAAAGCUCCGUAUCCACGAUCAUUUUUGAAUACUUUAUGCACAGUAUUCCCAGUCAACAUUUUCAUACGUAUAAUAAUGUUUUGAUUCCAAUAUCCGCACUCAUAUGUAUCAUACAAACUCGCAAUUGAUGCGCAAAAACAGGAUAUACGUACUAUUUUGGAGGCGAUAUACGUAAUGAGGAAUAAUGGUAUGCAAUUCAUUGAUAUACGUAUUUAUAUAUGAUAAUAUCCGAUAGAAAGUGAUUUGUUUCACACUGUUUUACAACUCUAAGCUUACAAUCGUAAAUCGGUAAGACUCCACCAUGAUAUACAAUUGAAGAUGAAUUUCUGCGCAUGAUAGAAAGCGUGUUGUACGAUUUCGACUCCGUCGAGCUACAUUUGCGAUAGUUUUCAUACAUUGAUAUACGAUUUGUGGUUGACUGGGUUACGACUCAUGUUCAUUUCACGAACCAUUUAACUUGCCGACCGACCUUUAACCGCUUUAACCGCUGCUGCAGUCCACACAAACCGUUUUCUAGCCGGUUUUCGCUUGGGGACAACCGGGCCAGUUUUUCGAAACGUUUGAUGGUCCUAUACACGAUUAAACUGUUCAAACUCAGAUGUGACUACUUCCUUCUGAUUUAUAUAUAGCACAUUCCAGCAAAAUGCAAAAUCUAGAUUUGUUCUCUACUUAAAUCCAUGGCAAUUUUCUUCUGAAAAGGUGAAACAUGGUAUUUAUCACUUACAAGUAGGGUGGUUUCCCGGUAAAACAAAAACCGGUAAAACCGGUAAAACCGAUUUUUUUUUUCAAUACCGAAAUACCGGUAUUGGAGAGACGAAAAAACCGGUAUUUUUGGUAUUUUUCUUAAAAUGGAAAAAAAAACUUCCCACAAUAUUCAUAAAUCUUUGUUAAGCUAAUGAAUGCUUCUCACUUAGGUAGUCGUUACAAAUCACAUGACGAUUUAUACAGGGUGUAAGGUAGCUCACUUUUAAUCAAAUCCUUUAAGGGAUAGAGGACCCUAUUUGAUGAAAAAAAUUCUGCGCAUAUGGUCAAAAUUUAACUACUGCAGAGUGAUUCUCUUCUUCUAGUUUUCGGUUAUGUUUACCUUUAACGAGGUCUAUCACAAGAAGUGUGAUAGCUAGCUCAAUUCUGUUGGUUUUCUUGAAAAGCUGAGAAAAUUUCGUAAUCAAUGGUGUCUCAAAAAUGUCGAAUUAGGAAGAACAAGAAGCCUUUAAAAAGGAAUAAAUAUGAAAUCAAAUGUUUUUGAGAACUUAACAGCAAUUUUCUCUCUGAAAUGUGGAAUAAACAUGGAGUUUGUUGUUAACCAAAUUAAACAUUGGAGUCUACUCUACUAGUUGUUCUCUGACACCAAGCACCUAAUUCUUUUAGUUUAGAUACUAUUUCACUUUAAAAGCAAUCAGCCGCGCCUUCGUUUAGUGUGGUAGAAUUCACAAUUUUCUGCUCGUUUAAGGCAAACAUAACCAAAAACUGAAAUUAGUGAAUAACUCUGCAGUAGUUGACUUUUGAUCAUAUGUGUAGAAGGAUUUUUUUCAUCAAACAUGGUCCUCUAUCGCCCCUUGAAGGAUUUUAAGUGAGCUCCCUAACACCCUGUAUAAUAUAUACAUUUAGACAGAAGCAACAUUAUAUAUAUUAAUUUUCCCUCACCUAUUUACCAAUUUUUGUUAUCUUUUUGUUUGUUCUGCUCGGAUUCAGACAAUGUGUUUGUGUGUAUCGAUAAUAUGUCAAAAAACUUCAUAUCAAUAAAGCAUUUAUUUUUUAAGUAGAACAGCUUAUCUCUUCACUUACACAUACUCACAGAGGCAACGCGUGGGUAGGUUCAAAACCUACCAGUUUAACCACAAAUUAUGAGGCAGUAAUUACAAUUAUGUCAGCGUAAAAACGCAAGACAUUAUUCAUUUUGUGCUAUUUAAAAGUAAAACUAAAAAAAUUAUAAAUGAAUAUAAAUUUGGAUUAGGAAUUUAUUUUUUGUUGAGACAAGUGUUUACAGGAUGAAAUAAUCAACCAAUAAAUAUUAUAUCCUAAAAAUUACUGCUCCUUGAAAAAUGGGAACUUUAAAUAGCUGUAGCAUGGUCAAAGCUUUGUCGCCCGUACCGCAGCGGGCUUUUAUUAGCAACUAGCUGAAUGUACCCGGCCUCACUCGUGUACAAGUUUCUGCUUUUUCUAUAAUUUUCUAUAUUUUUAAAUAUUUUUCAUCAACCUCUCAUUUCAAAUAUUUAUUUCUAUUUCAGUUACAAACUUGUCCAUAUGCCACAUUUUUCGUUUCUCCAUUAGAAGCUAAAGUUAAUGAAAUAAUAAUAAUAAUAAUAAAUAAUUUGGACGAAUUGCUUAAAAAGCAUCGAACAGAAUAAAGAAGUAUUUACCUUCGAUUCAUUCGGAUUCGUAAAAAGUAAAUUCUGGUCUGAUCGUGAUUUCUUUUUUUUUUUUAUUUCAUUCAUAUACUCUUCUCAACAGUUUCAAAUAUUGUUUUUCUACGAAAUUUAAUGUUGUUCACUAAUUCGAAACUAAGUUUUGCGAUGUGAAAGAAAAUUUAAAUAAAAAUCUGCAUGUUUUUUUCGUUAUUACAUUGGUUUCGAAAUUAUGUUCUUCGUAAUCAUAUCACUAGAUUCAUUCAUUGCAGUUUUUCAAACACUGUUAUCCAGUGUAGUAUCUGGAUCGUAUACCACAAGAGAUCAAAAUAAUGGUCGCAGAGGUCCUAAUCUUAGAAAAAAAUCUGGAUCGUAAUGAAGCAGAGGUACUCAUAAAUGCAAAAACAUAAUCAUGCAGCGACACGUCCAUACAUAGAUGCAACCUGAGACGCUAAGCAAAAAAUAAAUUUCAAAUCCAAAUUUAUGUAGGUAACGUUUUCGGCAGUGGCUUACUUCGGCAGGUUUUUGCAUAAGACUGCGGCAGAAAACCACUACCGAAGACGUUCGGCACCCCAUAUCUUUAAUUAUUUUUCAGUUUUAUUUUUAAAUAGUACAGGGAAAAUGACUUGCGUUUUUUUUCGCGGACAAUCAUCAUUACUUCCCCGAACUAUGAUUUUAAGAACUUUGUAGUUGAAAAAGUAGGUUUAAGGACAACGAGUCACCCCUGGUUUGUAUUAAUCCGAAAGAAAUAAAAAUACCGGUUUUAUCGGUUUUUAUUUUUAUGAAAACCGAAAUACCGGUUUUUCGAAAAGUCGGUAAUACCGACCACCCUACUUACAAGUAAACUAUAAACAUGUGUCGCAAUCAAAACAAACACAGCUGAUUAGUCGGGCCGACCUCCCGAUAUAUUUUGGCACUCAAAUGUGUGUAUCACUUCAAAAGUGAUACCCUGUAAUACUAAAGCAAAUUUAAGCAGCAAUAAACGGGCUCUUUCAAUUUCGCACUAACCACUUCAAUUAUUUCAUCAUUAUCGAUUUUAUCAUUCUUAUUUGGGGAUGUGAGGCGAACCAACUGCCUCAAAGAUUGGUGCUAUGGUUAUUUCGUUCGCUUUAAAGAGUUCUUCAAUGAGAUGGUGAGAUGGUAUUUAACCAGUGCUGCUUGUAAUCUUGGUCACUGCUUGGAAUCUUUUUCAUUUUCAACGUGGAAAAUAUAAAUUUCAGCGUAAGCACCAAAAUCUGCACAAGGUAAGUGUAAGUUUUGUGAAUAUAAAACGAAAAUUUUCAGCACUAAGAAAAAAAACCGAAAAUAGAAGAAUAAGAAACUAAGAGACUGCACUGCGUAAAGCUGUAUUCAUCAAACUGCUCAUUGAUAUUUGUGAUGGUCCUGAAAAAACCGUUUUUAUUAUUCAUGUGGACAAAAUUAUUCAUAAAUAGUUUGCCAAGCAAACUAUUUAGUUCACAUUACUCGCGCUCAAUUCUGUUAAGUGAACCCUUAUUCAAUGAAAAAUGACCAUAAGAGAUGCAUGACAUGUGUCUGUCUAUAUGUACAAAUCUGGAAGCCAUAUACGUACACUGGGAACAAAAUUGAUUACGAUUUAUGCCAACUUCGUAGGCUAUCUUGAAUGUUCUCAUAUGAACCUUCAAAUUGUAUUUUAUACGACUUAGAAGAAUAACGUAUUUUGCUAUUUUAUUCAACACGUUUAAUUACUUUAUAACUUAAGAUUGCGGCUUAUAAGAUUCGAAUUCUAAACCAUACGAACAAAUUUAAUGUUGCAUCUUAAAUAAUUCAGCUCGAUAUGCACACUAGGGCGUCCCAAAAUUGCAUCAAGUCUGGAAUCCCGGGGGCUCACCCUCUAGAUGAUAGAAAAUGGUGUUACGAACAAACUUUUGUUCGGCGGCAGCUCUAGAAAACGAUGUUUUCAACUGACCCUGAUGACUUUUUUGUAAAAUAUCGGUUUUUCUUAUGUUAAAUCCAAAAAACAUGUUCAGUUAUUCAAUUUUCCAUGAAACCUAAACUUUUUAUAUUUUUUGCAGGUUCAUUAGGGCCCAAACUAUAAGAGAAAUAUUUAUUUCGGGUUGUUUAUCCGAAAAAAAAUUUUAAUCCUUUGGAAAAGAGAUUUUUCAAGUACAUUUUGACAUUCAAUCAAUAAAAGUGGGUAUCAAGCCUAUUUCUAUCCCAACUGAAUAUCAUAAAAAGAUAGAAAAUUUUAUGGGGAAAAACUUUGCCAAAGACUGCCUAACUCUAAAAUAACUUGAUCUUGAGUUACUCGUGAUUUACUGUGGAAUAAAAAGUUGCAUUUUGAUGUUUUCCAAUACUAAAAUGUUCAUUUGCCGUAUCAGAUAGUAUUAUAAUUUCAACUAAAUCUCCUACUACUCAAAGGACCUGUUCUGCAGGGUCAUUGAUAACUGUUAAGCUACAACAUUUCGCUUUGGCAUCAAGAUAAUCAUUUCUUUCUAAAGGGUGAUUUUUUUGCUAUUUGGUUUUUCGUGUAUUAAGAUUUGACAGUUCACGCGGGAAUUCUGACAGCUGUCAAAGUAUAAUGUACUCAGUUUGGUUUGCCAUUUCACCAUUACGCCUGAACAACGCUUACAAAUAAUCGAAUUUUAUUACCAAAAUUCGUCCUCUGUGAAAAAUGUUUUACGCGCAUUACGACCAUUUUAUGGUCGUCAUAAUCGACCUACUGAGCAAGUUUUGUGCCACCUUCCUCUUCGAGUCAUCAUUAACAUUUUUAUCAAAAAAUACCAGGCUAGCAUUGACCUCCGGAAGAUACCACAAGAGCGGUCUGCAGACCCGGAAAAUCUCCGAAAUACCGUGCCGAAGUCACCGGAGAUUGCGGGUUCAAGUCCCAUCUGGAAGAGAUUUUUUUCCUAAUGUUAAGUCACACUUUCUGUCCUUGUUCAUUUUUCGCAUCCUCGUUAAAUUACAUACAUUUCCUCCCCUUUUGUGAACUUGAUAUUAUUUAUUCAAUUUUUUAGUCGCACAUCUAAGCAACUUAGAAAUAACAUUUUUAUACAACUUCUAGUUUGCUGGGUGUACAUAUAACACUUUUCCUUAGUUGUUUAUUUUUUGCUGAUAAUCUAUAGAUGUUAACAUCUAUAAGAAAAAUUGAAACAAUUUUAUUUAACAAAAAAAUGUCUAAAGACCCUAAAGAUGCUCUGACUCCUUGAAUCUUAUAGCUGCCAAGUGCCAAUGCAUAACAAGUUUGAUUUUCCUCCAAACUACAUGAUAAUACAACAUAAAACAGAUAAUUGUAAUAUCAUUUUAUUGAUCAAAUUUUGCACAACUUGUUAAAUUCUAACAUCAACCUGGUUACUUAGCCUGCGAGAGAUGUAGUCGUACUAGUUAAAGUGUCCGGGUUUAUCGCUGUCCUCAGAAAAGUUAGAUAUUAAUACGAAAGCUGUCAGACUUCCUAACUGGUCUCGAGGUACUGGUCUAACAAGCCAGUAUGUUCAAAUCCUGACUCGAGAAAUGUCGGUUCACAUUAGUUAUCAACAACUAUUUUUUGUCUUGAAUGUCAAAGCAAUCAAAAAAGAUUGAUUUUCAGAAUGAAAAAUUGGAAGCUAUGGCAUUCGGAGAGUCACUAAAGAACAUCGUUUGGUAACUUUGCUGAUAAACCAAAAUCUGCUGCUAACCAAAGCUGCUAACCAAAAUCCAAAACCUAUUUGUAGAUGAAAACUUUACCACAAUUGCUGGGUAUUCAUGAAGAAAUUUAGUGCCCCGAACUUCAUAUCACUGAACAACAAAUAAACGGAUAUAGAUUGCCGGAAACUCAAUCACGAAUCUAAUUUCGGCCUCAAGCACAUAUGCAUGAGAUCCUAACAUUGAUACAAAUAGACAACGCAGAAUCAGACGUACGUUGACAACAGAACACCAUAGGGGUAAACAGGGUAAGACCGCCCUGCGGGGUAAGACCGCCCACCGUAGUUUUACUACCAAGUUAUAAAAUAAUUGAAAAAUUUCUUUAAUUUUUCUAUUACAGUAUAAUUACAUAACAUUUUGCACGUUUUUUUGUUUUGAUAGUGCACGAACGGUCGCAGAAAUAAUCAAAAACAACCUUUCAGCUGGCAACCAGUCAAUGCGCUAUUGUUUUGCGGCAACGGGACUUAAGGUUUUUCAGUCUAAAAAUCUGUUGUUUUGUUCGUGAAUAUACGUUUAAUCGCUCGCCUGAAUCUAUCUUCUGUCGGAAAUAUCAAAGGCCGUGAGUAAUCUUGUAAUUUUGACUACUUUUUCGGUCAAAUAUGAAAAUGUUCCACUGGGGGUAACUAUACAAGGGGCUGGCCCACUAUACAAGGGGUAAAACCGCCACGAAUCCAACUGCUUGUUGUUUUACUUCAAGACCCAAAUGCCUCGACACUACAAAGGGAAUAUUUACAGGAUCAGUAAAGCAACUUCAAGCCACAUAAGACAUCGAUGUUAAUCGACCAUUUUCGAUUUGGUUGAAGCUUUUCUAGUAAUAUAUUUUAACAAGACUUAUUUUUGAAAAAAGUAAACCUGUUUGAAAAUGGUGUUAAUGAACCAAAAUAAUUUCAGAGCCAGGACGGUGUGUUUGAUAGGUAUGACGUCUCCGGCAGAAUUGAAAAUAGUAGUUUUUUACUUUCGAAAGAAGUACAAAUUCUAAAAAAAUUUAAAGAAAAAAUAUAGAAAUAGAAUCAACAAUAUUUUUUUUUUCAAAUUUUUUUGAAAAAAACAUGUUUUUGCCUGUAAAAUCUACAAAAGGUAAGCUAAAAUUUUAUUGUUGUUGGAUCAUGGAGUAAUAGAAAUAUGAAUAGCUUAAUUUUUGUGAAGAAUUUUUUGGGAGGUUUAUUUGGUGUAUAGAGUCGUUGGUAAUUUUGUUCUUCAAAAAAAAAAAACAGAAAAUUGAAAAUAUAAAUAAAAGAAAUAAUAAUUAUUAGUAUUUUUCUAUACAUAAUAAGUUUUCAAAAGAAUUAUACAGAUAGGUUUAAUGAGUUUUAAUUUUUAGCUUAAAGAUAGGUAUAUUAUGAAUUCAAUAUCUUGAAAACCCCCAAUUCUGAAAAAUAUAUUUAUAUUGAAAACCAAAAAAGUUACCUAAACAUUGAUUCGAACUUGAAUAAUCAGAAAACAAAAUAAGUUAAAACUUAGAAAAAAAAUUUUUUUUUUAGAUUUUUCACAGUGUAUAUUUUAUUUAAAAAGAAAAAAAAUACCAUCUACAACUUUGUCAGAGACACUAUACCGAUAGAAUCAACCGUUUCGGCCCUAAAAAUAUUGUUUAUCCUCAAAAAAUGGUGGGCGAUCUUACCCCGCUGGUGAAAUUGCAGCCGCAACUUUUUUUUCUAUAAACAGAAUUGCUUAAGGGGGCGGUCUUACCCCGCUUACCCCUAGUUAGAAUUUACUCUUCGUAUAACUAUACGUCGCACUUGAAAGCAUUGCGUACGUACCAACCACCAAUCGAAACAAUGUGCAAUUUUUCUCAUGUGAUACAUUUCAUACUAGCGACAGCUGGCAAGAAACAAAUGUUUAGCAAUGUUGGCAGAAAUUUAGUGCUAAUUGUCAUAGGCGUAGCCAGAGGGGGCAGGGGGGGGUGGCUGUUGCCCCCCCCCCUAAAUGUUGACAUUGGUGCAGAAUUUUGUUUUCAAUAACUCUAAUAGCACAAAACGACAUCUUUAGCCCAUAGAAACAUCUGUGUAAAGUAUCAGCCAGAUCAAAAAUAAUUGAUUGAAAUGCUUGCGCUAUGUUGCGUGGAAUUGCACAGGUUUUUCAGUUGAUCCACCAAGGAUAUUGCAGCGACAAAAGUGCCGGGCAAAUUCGCAUGCAUAAACUAGCUUGGAGUAUUGGAACCGAGCUGUGAUAAUUCCUUACCUUGAUUCUCUUGUAACCUCACUGGAAACACGGUUCGAUGAAGAUAGUGCACCUGCCUACGCGUUGUCCUUGCUGCAUCCUGCUAACGUAAUACGCAUUUCGUUGGAAGAGUUCAAGCGCAAAACCGAAAAUUUCGUAAUUUUUUAUGAAGUUGACAAUAUUGUUGAAGAAGUGGAAGUUUGACAUUAACAUUGCAGCAGCAUGAGAGCAGACCGUAAGAACUUGUAAGAGUUGGAUCUCAUAGACCUGCUAGCGAAAGCCCGUUCUUUCUUCCCUGCGACUGAGAAAGCAGUUAAAAUUGCACUUGCUCUACCAUGGAAACAUGCACGAUUGAACGCUCGUUCAGCACAACAAUAUUUGAACAGCGGUUGAGUGCUCUCUGCUUGCUGAGUGUUCAUCGGCAGAUGGUCAACAACAAUCGUGAAAUGUCACAUGAACCGCUUCCGGAACGUUUGACGUUUGAUACCCGAAGACUGUACCUUCGCCGCAUCAUUCAGCUGGCCUGCAUCGUUCUCGAAGAAGUCCUGGUAGCGGUUAAACAACAACAUCCAAACGUAACUCCGUUUUCUUCGUCGAAGACAAACUCGAUGAUGUUCGAAGAGAGGGACUCCAAAAUCUGCUCCGAGGUUUGAUACUGACGCUGCUGCUGGACCGCUAUCCGCUGUAAAAUUAGGGCCAUCAUGUGAAUCAUAUCUCGAAUUCCCGGUUGCGGCUGCUGAUCAACUCUAUCUUCUGCCAUGUUCGUGGAUUCUUGAGAUCCUCGUCGCCAAAAUAAUAUGUCCAAAGGUUAAAAUGAACUCAAAAGUUUUUAGUAAAGAACAUCUAUUUAUAUUCGAGGUUGGACAAAGAAUAAUCAAAUUUUCCACUCUGAUGUCAAGGACAACUUUUCACUGGUUGCCUUGAUGUAACGAUCACUAAAGACUAGUAUUUAUUUCUAUUUUUCAAAACACACUAAAGUCGCUUUUUACGCGGGGGAUACGUGCCGCGUAAAAAAACGCGUAAAUUCCGGAAUCCGCGUAAAAAUGGCGUAAAUUUCGGAAUCCGCGUAAAAAAAACCGCGUAAAUUCCGGGAUCCACGUAAAAAAAGCCACGUGAAAAGCGACCUUAGUGUACCAUUUUUUUACUUCUAAAAUUUUGAAGAGCUUGCCCCCCUCUAUUUGAAAUUCUGGCUACGCCCAUGCUAAUUGUACAAAAUUUUUCAUGCAAUUUCGGACUUCUUCAAAAAAAAAUAGUAAGUUCGAAAAGCAAAGAGAAUCAUGCAAUCUUGUAUGAUGUUUGGAAAUAAGAUAGAGGCAAAUAUGAUCAAACGGUAAACCUCUUUUUGUAUUCCCGAGUUUUUGCUUGAUUUGCUAACAACGUUUUCUUACUACUUCACCCCACGAUUAUCUUUUUUGUUUCUUGUAGUGUGUAGGUUCAUGAUAUAUUCUCCGGUUCUUAGCUUCUUAGCGAGUAUUGAACGAAAAAUCGUUCAAACUAAACUCAAUAGGUCAUGGCAGCGGUUCUCAACCUUUUUUUGUUCGCAUACCCAUUGGCGAUAUUUUUCAUAUCGAUUGUACCCCCUGGCAGGCCCGAAUUUAAUGGUGCUUUUAACGGGGGUCACUUCACGGUGAACAAGUGAACAAAAUCCUAUUACGGGACUCACGUAAGUGAGAAAAACGUCGCAACGUGACAUCUGCCGUGAAAUCUGGAUUAUUAUGAGUGUCAUAUCAGUGAAGUGAAGACGGAAAAAGCGACGUUUCGCGGAUGUAUUAGAACUGCAGAAAACGUCAGGAUCUGCUGUUAUCCAAAGAAACGGAGAAAUCGACUUUCCGGGACUUAGAUAUUUUUGAGCUGGGAAACAUUCUCAUUUCACUUUUCCUCUUCUCAAUUUCAAUUCACUGUCAAUCUCACUUCACGGAGAUAAUUUUUGUCACUUCACUUGAAGUGGAAUCGGGAAUAGGUCUAAAAAAGGAAAGUGAGCGUGAGAGUGAAAUGUAUUUCACCGUGAAGUGACUCCCGUAAUGAGAACCAAUGGGGGGGCCCCCUAGUCCUGGGCCAGACGUGAUGACAGAGCGGAUACCUUUUUUGCUGGUCACCUUCCUGUGAAGCAUUAUAUCUUUUCAAAAUUGAAAACUUUCUUACCUCCAAAUUUUUUGAGAAAAGAGGGCCCUCCACCAUCUAAAUCCGACCCUGCCCCCUGGCCUUAAAUGUUCUCGCAGAGUGAGAGAAAGUAAUGGUAAAUCAUGUUGUGGUAGUCUAGUUUAGGUUUCAAAUUGAACUAUGGUUUGUUUGAUUACUACUGUAAUGUUCUAAGAGCAAGAUUGAACAACAAAUGAAGUAUUAUAAAAAAAAUGCUUUGUCCGCCAUCACUAAUUUUUCUUUCGUGUAGCCCCUAAAGCCUUUCGAGUACCCCCAGGGGUACGCGUACUCCAGGUUAAGAAUCGCUGGGUACAAUUACUACAGAGAAUCUUCACUGUACUAGGGUACACUCUGUGGAAACUAAAAGGAUCAUAUCACGUUGGGAGGGGUAGAUUUCAAACAAAACGGGGAUGUAACACUGGUCGACAAAAGCGAAAAACUGCUGCCCUAAAGCUCAAAAUAGUUGCCCUACUAACAAUCAAUGUGACAUUGGAUAGCAAUGCAGCUACGUAGUUAACUUUUCCUUGCUGACCCGUAGGUUUGAAAUCUGCCUUUGUAGCAAGUUACGUACAGGCAAAUAGUGAGAAAGCACCUCCACAGAGCGAGUCACAGUUCAUCAUACUACCUGCUUACGUCAGGUCAGCAUCUAUGCUCUCUUGCACAGUUUAUUCUAACUUUUUUAUUGAUUGAAUCUUAAUAGUAUCCCAGGAAAUAAAAUUAGUGACAAUCGACAUUUAUCGGUAGUAAAACAUGAUUUCAGGUUGUGAUCUGUGAUAACGUGCUUUAAAGAGAAAGACUGUUUCUUUGAAUGAGUGAUCGAUAGUCCAACUCGAGAACCUCCAGCUGGAUCGAGCUCAACAAGUAAUGAUACUCAUUUAUUUUGGGCACCUCUUAUUUAGGUUAGUGCAUAUCGAGUACAAUUCAUUCUAUGAGACAACUGGGGUGGCAUCAACAAGCACAAUUUGUUAACAUCAAAUACAGCGACCGGUAUGGGUUUCGCUGUUUUUGGUAAAAGUGGUCUCGGCUAGAGAAACCAAAAAUAGAAAGACAGAAGUUGUGCUUCUUCAGGCGUAAUUAUAAUGUGCCGCCUGUACAUCUUACUAUGGAUCUCAUGCUACAUUAUUUUACUAUACUACUUUCUCAUGCUACACUAUCCCCCUCAAAGAGAAUAAUGUAACAGGAUGGAAUUAUUGUAAAGGGGCCGUUCCAAAACCACGUGGUCAUAAAGAGGGGGACGGGGGGUUUAUCAAAAGACCACGAAAGGCCACGCACGGGGGUGGGGGGGUUCACGAAAUGACCACGUGGUCUUUUUUCCUGACUUAUAAUUUAUUGUUUCCACCAAGUCAAGUCAAGAUUGAAGCUUUUGCAUUUUAGUAAUAUAGAAUGUACUGUAAGUUCAAUAAUAAAAAUGUAAAAUUUAAAGCGAACUUUGGGCACUUGACAAACGAAAAGACCACGUGGUUAAAGUCGCAAGGGGGGGGGGUUAGCCAAAAAACCACGAAAGACCACGGGGGGUAUAAAAAGUGACCAAAAUAUUACCACGUGGUUUAGGAACGGCCCCAAAUGGUCCUGCCACAAUUGUCACAAAAUCAAAUUUUUUUAAAUUUUUUUUAUUUUAUUUUCUUUUUUUCUCGUCGUUUUGUAUUUGUUUUUUUUUUUCUUGUUUUGACAUAUUUUUCUUUACAAUAUUGAAUUCUAAUUCUAAAACUUGCUUAGUUUUAAAUCAAUCAGUUUUUAUUAACAAUUAUUGGCUUUCCUGCAGUUGUUUUUCCAAGUGCACUAUUUGGUUUACAUAUUGAUAGAAAUUCGUCUCAGAAUAUAUCAAUACUAUAAAUUAGUUUGUUACUUUUUCGAAGUUUUCUUGUGGAAGGUUUACUUUUUUCUAAUUAUCAACUCGAAUGUUGAAUUGUUAUUCAAUAUUUUAUUGAAUAAAUAUCUCUUUCAACUGCAUCGUCACUUUUGCGUCAUGGCAAACUGCAAAAUCUGGCCAACAUUUUACACUAUGAUGACAGCGGUAAAUGUAUUUUUCCGUUUUUAUCGAUGCGAUAUACGAUGUAAAAGACUGUGGAAGUAAAAGCAAAUUACGUGCCAAAUACUUACCUUCUUACAAAAGCUUUUCAACAAAAAAUGAUGUCUGCCAUGUCGACAUUGUUUUCAUUCAAUACUGAGGUAGAAUUUUACUAUCCAGUUACACGUUUCUAUCGCCGUCCAUUAUGACGCAAAACUUAUUCUUGGACGAAAUUGUAACGAGGACCUUUUCGGUUAAUUCUACUUCUUCUUCGUAUUUAGUGUCAAUCUUCCUUUGGCACGCUAGACGCGGACUUCGAAGGUCAUUUUUGUUUCACAAAACCAUUCUUUUAGUUGCAUCUCCGUCGAGGUUUGUCUUCAACGGAACCACCUCUCAAUACUUUUUAAUUACAUCACGCACCACCUUAUUUUAUUCAUUCUAUCAACUUUCCCAAUACCAGUACCGUAACAGAAGACCGAGGCCAUCAUUGGAUUGCACGUCAUUAUCCGAUCAGAAUGAAAAAAGGCAGUAUUUCCGGAUUAGCUAUAAUAUCUCAUUCAGAUUCAUUUUUGUUGGUAAAAGUACACAGGAAAAUACAAAACUGAAUCAAAUUAUGUUAUUUUAUUGCGUUUCUGUAGAUAGGGCUUCGGAACUGUUCUGUAAUGUUCUUCUGAUCGGGUAUUUGGUGAAAAAUAUUUCCAUUUUUGAAAAAAAAAAACGUGGGACGUUUUAUUAUUUCGCACUCGCUUUGACAACUGGAUGUCGAAAACAGGCUGCCAGAGACAAAGGGAAUACACAGCAAACACAAAUUAUGUGAAUAAGAAAAUUUCUUUAUUCCACUGUGUGCGGGCAAAACCGCCGAGGAAUAGUAAAACGUCAUCGCCAUUUAAAGACGCAAGUAAGAAAGAGAGGCCAGAUAAUUGUUCACGAACUUAGCACGUGCGGUGGUGGGUUGAAGCUGACAAAUUUUACAGUGCGCUUCGGGCAGCACGGCAGGUCAAAACUGAGUCAAAAUCGAGCGAAUAAAGAAGGGUUUUGACAGCAGUUAGUGCGCUUCCAGGUCAAAACGAGGUGAGCUGGUGGAAUAAAGAAAUUCGCUAUAAGUUUUCAGUGUGUUAUUACUUUCUGGAACAUUCUUUGUGGAACAUUGGCGUAAUUCGAUACGGUCAACAAUUUUAAAAAUGCAUAACUUUAGUUUCUGCAUUACUUGUACAUCUUUGAACACAAAUUACUUCAAAAAAAUUUAAAGACCUUAUUGCUUCUUCGGAGUAUAAAGAGAGUAUGUAAAUACUGUGCAAAGUAACCACAAAUAUAUUAAACAACCACGCCAGAACGAUCGGUUCCGGAUUUUCCAGAGCAAUAAUUUUAAUUUCCUGUUUACAUAUAGGUGAAGGAACCGUAGGUCGUGAAAGGGAUGUCAUUGUACGCAGACAGGAAUAAAUUGAUUUAAUUUAAUUAAUUCCGGGUGUGGCUUUGGGCAUUUCGGCGAAAAAGCACAUCUAGCAGGCCGGAUGGAGGCGGCGGGAGACACAGCAAAGUAGAGCAUGUAUGCCAUGUAACAGGUUAAUGUGCAAAAGUUACAACAGUAGCAGAGCAGCCAUUUGGCGUGAUUCUGUUUGCGGUUAAUUAUAUCGGGUGAUGAAAGUAGCAAUUUUGUCUGCGGAUGCCAUAUUCCAGAAUUAGGCACUAUAAGGCUGACGAUGAGUUCUGGCAAUAUGUAAUGAUGGAACGAAACCGACAUCGUUGAACGGUGUUGUUCAGUUCUCAUCAACCCGAACGCGUUCUGGAGGUAUAACCACAGAGGCUAUAAAUAAUAAUAUUACGGGUGUAGGUUUGUUAUAACGUGACUCCGGGGUGUAGCAAGGGUUGAAGUCGGAGGACUCCUCUCGACAUUAUGUUCAUCUUAAUAAAGUAAGGCUUCUCAGGGAACACGUGACAGAUCCAGCAAAAAAAGACUCUUGCCUUUUAACAACGAAAUAUUGGAUGGUGGACACAAACCAGAAACCGAAGAAAAUAUUUGAGGUGCAUAAUUGCGGAGCAACCACUAGCACGUGACAAUGAACCCGCAAGCGUUGCUAUACUGUAUUAAAAACCAAACUAGACACAUCAAGCGGUUUACGGUACGUGCUUUCCAAGAGUUUAUAGGCAGUGAAUACUAUGAUAAUUUAAUUAUCAGUCAAAAUGGCGUAUGCGUUAAUCAACGUGUCAAAGAGUCGUGACUUCUAUGAAUAUAAUGAGACCGAUUAAGUGUGAAUUACCCCUCUGUCUAGUUUAGCUGAAAAAAAAACUCAAGUUAAUUUUUCUCAGUUAGAUCUUACGUACAACCAAAAACAAAACCAGAAAAAAAACUUCAUGCUUUAUAAUUUUUUGAAGUGAAAAGCACAUUCAUUUGGCAUCCAGGAACCUCAAGCGAAUAGUUUCGCAGCAAAUCAAUCAAAAAUAUAGAUAGUAAUAACUAUGUACAGUCAGCCGGAGAACACUGGGCAACGAAAAGAUCACAAACAUCUUGUAGGUAACAAAUCAAUGUAAAUAUUGAAUGUAUUUUGUAAAUAGUGACAUUUUUAAUAGACGAAUUACUAUGCUAUAGACUCUCUUUUGUAAAAAAAAAUCUAGCAAAACUCAACUAACGAACAGCAGUUCACUGUAAUACUAACAAGUUUACGCAAUGAAACGGUGUUCCCACUAAUAACUUAUUUUUGUUCUAGAUUAUAUACAACCGAAACAGUUCUAUACACGAGUGAAAUCAUUUUCUACAGAGAAAACACAUUCGGUACAAAAAUGAACGAAAUAACCGAAUUAAUAAUUUCUACAACUCUAUUGAGCGACAAAAAAAAAUCUGUUUCAGGAACAAAUUAAACUCAAAUUCGAUUCUAGCAUAGCAUAGCAUAUUUGAUCGCCCGUGUGUUGCCCGCGAUUGACCAGAAUCAGCUGAAAUUGCACAAAGAACCGUCAAAAUGGUGCCUAGGAGUAGCAAGCCAUUUUCAGUGUACAAUUCCUGGUGAUUUUUCUUUUCACUGGUCAAUAACGUAGCUGGCCACGCCCAAUGCAGAUCAAUAGAGGAAGGGAUAUCGGGAGUGUUAGUUUAAUACUUGUUGCUACUAGAGACCGAGGAAUCCUCUGCAUCAUCCACAAGUAUCAAAGGAAGGAAUUAGUGUUAGUGGAAAGGAAUUGAUCUGGAUCCAUCGAGGUUGAUGGUGCGAUCUUUUCUACACAAAUUCGCGCCCGAUAUGGAUAUUUCUCGGUCUCUGCGCAACCGGCCAUCAGAAGACGAUAUAAAUAGAACCGCAUCACGAUCGCUGUAUCGGCAUAUAGGAGAAUCGAAGUUUCUAGGUAUCAUCGGCAACCAAUCGUUAACAGUCUGUAUCACACCAAACUUCGCGUUUCAUCCCGUGAACUAUUAAAAUUUACCUCGAAACGAAUGAAUUUCGUAAAACGUACCGCACGCCGAACGCAAACUACUGGUACCAGCUCAAAGAACCGUUAGAGCGAGUAAAAAAACCCACAAGGCACACCAGAGCAUUAAACGAUGUAAUGGUCAUUGAGCUCCGAAAUCGCUGUAUUAAUUAAACUCAAAUUCGAUUCUGUACACAAAGCUAGUAGGCAGAGACAA